AUGAGCGAACCAGGUGUGAGUGAUAGGCCAUUAACCCAGGUACAGCAGGGCGCGCCUUCGCUGCCAGAGGAUGUGAUUGAUAUUGAAGUGUUCGAGCAGCUCCUGGAAAUGGACGAGGACGACCGCGAGUUUAGUCGCAGCCUCGUGUGGAACUACUUCGAGCAGGCGGAGAACACGUUUGACAAGAUGGAUGCUGCACUUGCGCGGGAGGCGCUCUCUGAGCUUUCGACACUGGGCCACUUUCUCAAGGGAUCGUCGGCAGCCGUCGGUGUCAUCAAGGUGCGGAACAGCUGCGAGGCGAUCCAGCACUACGGCAACUGCCACGAGGCAGAUGGCGCCACGUCCCUGCCGAACGACGUCGCGCUCGAUCGCCUCCGUGGUGCGGUUGCCACUGUGAAGAAAGAGUACGAGGAGGCGGAGCGCGCGCUCCGCGCCUUUUAUGGGGACGCCUAA